AUGAGUGGUACUUCCUUGAAUGGAUCGCUCAAAUCGAAUUCAACUUCAGAGAACUCUUUGUUUUCUUUGAAUAAGAAAGUUUACUCGAAUCUAUUACUACAAAAGUCAAGUUACUACUAUGCAAAUGACGAAAUAGACGAAAAUAACGAGUCGGACGUUCCUUUACCACAUGGCUUAUCGCUCAACAAUCUAUCAACUGAGCACUUGCCGACUCUAUCCCGAGUGAACUCUCACUCGCCGUCACCGCUGACGUUCAAGUCAACGCGGGAUUACAGUAGACUAAUGAAUGAAAGUACUGUCAAGGACUCAAAGUUUGUGUUCGUGCUCGUUGGCUUACCUGCAGUGGGUAAAUCAGCAGUCUCGUCUCAAUUGAUUCAAUUUUUGCGGAAUAAUCCAGCAACACAUUCAUUGCGUUGCACAUCCUUUAAUGCCGGGAAAGUAAGAAGGAAAAUGAGCUAUCGGAACCUGGGGAUGAGAUCAAUGCAGCUGGCUAACAAUUCUAGUGAUGACCUUUUCAGUCCCAAGAACACAGAAAAGAAGGAAAAAUAUGCAAGGAUAACAUUGGACAAACUAAUAAAAGAGUUGGAUUCAGACAUUUGUGAUGUUGCAAUAUUUGAUGCGACGAAUUCGCAAGUUCAAAGGAGAAAAUUUGUUUUCAGUGAGAUAUCAUCUUACAACCAAGACAUACACUCGAAUUUCUCGAUAAUACCAAUUGUUCUUCAAAUUACAUGUGAUGAUCAAAGCUUUGUCAAAUUUAAUAUACAUAAUAAAACGUUUAAUGAGGACUACUUCGAUAAACCUUACCAUUAUGCUAUAGCAGACUUUGCAAGAAGACUGAAAAAUUAUUGUUCUCAAUUUACACCCUUUUCUAAGAAUGAAUUUGCAUUGUUGGUGGACUCCUUUGACACAAAAGGUUUGAAUAGCGGUCUUUUUGCUUACAACAUAAUUAAUUCGGGGUUGGUUUCUACCACUAGUAUUAACAGCAGGCACUUACCUGCAAAUUGUUCCGACAAGGUAAUGGAAAUGAUAAUGUUGGCAGAGUAUUUUGUUGAACAUUAUGCUAGUCUUUUUGGCUCAUCCUAUAUUGAGAGAGUAAAGGACUUUUUCAGUGAACAGAAGCAAAACCACUUAAAGUUAGGCUCACUGGAUUACUUUUCUUCGUUAAGUGCAGUUCUCGACGAGAACUAUUUUAUAGAGUUGCAAGAAAUUUUGGAGAAAAACUUGGGUAAAUAA